AUGGAAUACCGACGACUACAACAUUCAUACCCUCCACGGCCCUCGCCUUUAGGAGCCUCGCAAGAACCUCGCGAUCCACAGUUCGCCACGCCUUUUACCGAGUCUCGUCAAGAGGCUGACAAGCCUCGCCCAUACCCUUCUCCCUCUUCAAAUACCACACCCUCUCCGUCACAGCUCUACCAGUCAACCGCUUCACGGACAUUGAAUACUUCUGGUGGAGAUACUUCCAGCGCAUACUUUCCGAGGAAUGACCCAACACAAACACACCGUCGGCAUGGGAGUCUUGAGACGAGGAAUCAUGAACAAACCCAUCGCAGGAAUAAUUCGCAACCUCAGGCUAUGGUUCCGAUGCCCCAGAUUGAGGAUUCCAAGGAUCGGACUUGUGCCGUGGUUGGCCUCCACUUUGUCACCUUGUUCCAGUCCGCUUUUUGGGGGCUCUUAGGUGCUUCCGUUAUGAAUCAUAUGCCAUCACAACACGAAACAGCACGUCGUACUUCCCAGGGCAGCAGUGCGAGUCCCGGAUUUCCUGGUCCGAACGAACAGUCCGCGCCACCCGCGUUUGGAAAUCGCCAAAUGCCACCACCAUCCCCUCCACACACAUAUUCCUCGCGAGCACAAUCAACCCACACGCCUGGGGGAUCCUUGAUGCCGCGCGAUGUACCUGGCGCUCAGGCGUACCGACCGGGGAGUAGCAUGUCGAUAUCCGCUAUGUUAGGUUCGGACGCGGAUCGGGCUGCGCGAGAUCCUGCACGAGAAUCAGCGCCGUUCUUUUCGCGACCACCUGCAUCGUCGAUGUUUGGAAAUGCACCCCCAUCAUCGUCUUCCGCCGCCAUGUCCCCACCCACCGCCCCGGCAAGACCUUCACCACUCGAUAACUCCUUCUUCCGUCGUUCGCACACACCGGAGAAGUCAUUCUCCAAGCCUCAAGGGCCCCGUACAUACCGGUCUGGGUCCGGUGGCGGUUCGAGUCAGGGUGGAGAGCAGUCGGUGUUUGGGGGCUUGACGCGCUCGUCGCUCUCACAGUAUCCUGAGAAGCCACACUCGACGCACCCUUCGCCUCGAAUCUCCACGGCAGAGCCACCGUACACCGAACCUCGUCGCAUGAGUCUCAACGGUCCAAUCACUCGACCUAGUAGUCAGCCGCCCCAUGCUGACGCACCCACACGACCCCCCGGAUACAGUCCGAUCUCCCAGCCCGGCGGGGUCGCAGAUCGCUCUUUCGAGACCGGCCCUCGGCCUGCAGCUGGUUCGUACGGAAGCCAUGAUCCACAGCAUGGUCGGUUUGCAAACAUAUUUGGCGAGCGGCACUCAGAGGAUCCUGCACAGCGGGAGCGAGACCGAGCUCCAACCCACGGAUCAGAUGCCAAGUUGAACCAGCCUGGAUCAUAUCAGUAUGGCUCCCACUAUGGUGAACGCGACCCGCUUGAUCGGCACCAGAGUAGCUCUACAUGGGACCACGGUCGCUCUCACCCUCCAUCACCAGAAAGUAAGCGCUUCCCUGCGCCGGAGCACGGGUCGGGUUUCGGGUUUGGGGCCAUUCAGAGCUACACUAAAUCACUAGGGUCGCAACCGGGUGGGAAUAGACAACCUCAGAUCUCUCUUCAGUCUCGGAGCAGUCAACCCACUCCUCCCCCGCCCCAUGAUCCAUAUCUUAGACACCAAGGGCAGCCUUCACGGAUAGGAUCAACCCCUGCCAUCACCGCAUCGACAGCUGCCGCGUCAUCGGGUCUAGCAGCCCUGGCUGAUGAGGGUAACCGCAAAGGAAGCGAUGAGCUGCUCCAUCAUCGCAGUCUGCUGACCGUUGGUGUUGAUGGGAAACGCGGUGGCCGUGCAUCGCCGCUUCCCCAAGCUGUACAAGGCGCCCAAGCUCCAUACAUUGGUCCUGCUAGUGAGCCAGCGAUCAAAAAUGAACUAGGGCGAGUAUUCUCCGGUAUUGGCAGCGGUGUUGGUGGUGUCACCGCGGCUACUGGUGGCAGCGGACCAUCAACACCGUUGGGGACUAGUCCUUUCAAGCGCGAUAGCCUCACAGGUCGCUCGAUGAACGGAGAAGGGACGGAUGAGGCGUCUAAGCUUGCCCGACCAUCUUCUGCAGCCGGCAGACGGUCGAGAAAGACGCGCGACGAGGAGCAGAUGGAAAUUGAGGCCAAUGACGCCCGAGGCUUACUAUCCGCACGUAACGCCCGUCGCUCUCGGCAUUCCCACCACCAUCACCAUCACCACCACCACCACCGUCGCCACAAGGCAGACGAAGAGGCGGUUACCCUGAGCUCCCUUCAACGUCCCACCUUCUUCCAUCGAACAUCCCCAGCGGAGCCUCCUGCCACACACCAUCACCACCAACAUCACCAUCACCAUCAUCACCAUGCUCCUCGACCAGCCACCAUUCCGGCUGCCUCUCCUAUCCGCGAGCCUCGUACUACCGUGAACCUGGAGCCGUUGCUUUCGAGUGUGGCCCAUCUUCCUCGGCACCACCUUGGCUCAACGCUUUACACACCUCGCAUCAGUUCUCCCACUGCCAAGUCCUCUUUGGACAGCUCCAAGUUUGGAUAUACAACAACCCCACAGCCGCUUCCCCGCUUCGAACAGCGGGAGAAUUGCACAUUUACCGUCCGAGUGCCCCGCUUCCGAAUCAACCAAUCUCACCGAGAGGAAAUUUGCGCCCGGCGCGCCCUCUGGGGUACCGGCGUUUAUACGGACGAUUCCGACCCUGUCGCCGCUGCCAUCCACUCCGGCUUCAUUCGCGGUGCGUGGGGUGACGACGUGGACGACAUGCACCGCCACCCGAAGCCACUGAUGGCGACUCCACGCCUAAGGGCCCACGCCUACCACCGAUCCCCCCCCACCGACAAGGACUUGCACAUCACCCUGCUCUAUGACAGCACUCUCAUGUUCGGGCUGAAGUCCCGCAAAUGGGCCGGUCAGCACGACGGCAUGAGCUUCAAGGUCCAUGCCGUGGACUGGGUGGACGAGGGCGUUGCUCGUGGUGAAGAGCGCAGCGGCGAGGCCCGUCGGAAACGUCUCCGUACGCUUAUGCAAACCGGUCGCAUCUGCACGGGGCCUGCCAUGGCUAAGAUCGAUGAACUACGUCGCGGUGGGGUACAGGUACCUCGACCUAUCGAUGGCCAGGAUCAACCGGCAGCUGUGCAGCCAGUCUCCUGA